GUUUAAUCUGUCCGGAAAACGAGCCAUUUUCUAUCCCCGCCUGUUUUGGAGCUUGUGCUGAAACCUGGCAACCCGUGUAGCAGCCAGCAGAGAGUCAACGAAGAGUUGACAGCAACAUCAUUGGUUCGUGCUCACAUUAUUUAUGGAUUACCUCACUAACAAGAGCAGCCUCUGUUCACUGUGCUAGCGAGUGGCAGCUAAUCAUCAACAAGUUAAGGUCUACCACGGCGAGGUGUACCGUCUGUGACAUUCAGUAUGCUGGCCUAUCGGACGUGAACUGGUUGAAGACGACUGAAGAGGCUGCUGCGUCAGUCCCAGCUUGAAACCUACGGUCGAGGAAGAGAUGGGGAACAUAGCGACAAAGUUCCGGAAGGCUCUCAUCAAUGGGGAUGAGAUGCUGGCCUGCCAACUGUACGAGAGCAACCCGCAGUUCAAGGAGGCUCUGGAUCCCAACUCUACAUACGGAGAGUCCUACCAGCACAACACUCCACUGCACUAUGCUGCCCGGCACGCCAUGACACGCCUACUCAGGUCUUUUCUUCUAAGCAAAGAUGGGAAUCCUAACAAGCGUAACGUGCACAAUGAGACAUCCCUUCACCUUCUCUGCAUGGGGCCCCAGAUCCUGACCUCGGAGGGGGCACUGCAGCCCCGGAUCUCACGGCCACAUGAAGACAGACAGCGUCGGGCUGAGGCUCUACAAAUCAUCUUGGCAUGGACCGGGGCGAAGCUGGACCACGGAGAAUACGAGAGGGCUGACGUCAAUGCCACGGACAACAAGAAGUACACCUGCCUGCACUACGCUGCUGCCUCAGGCAUGAAGACUUGUGUUGAGUUCCUGGUGCAGAGAGAAGCGGACCUGUUUGCAGAGAAUGAAGACCGCGAGACUCCAUGUGACUGUGCAGAGAAGCAGCACCACAAGGAGCUGGCCCUCUGCCUGGAGUCGCAGAUGGUCUUCUCUCUUGCCCCCGAGGCCGAGGAUAUAGAGGCAGAGUACGCAGCCCUUGACCGAAGAGAGCUGUACGAGGGUCUGCGGCCUCAGGACAUGAGGAGGCUGAAGGACAUGCUGAUAGUGGAGACAGCCGACAUGCUGCAGGCCCCUCUCUUCACUGCAGAGGCACUGCUACGUGCCCAUGAUUGGGACAGAGAGAAACUCUUAGAGGUCUGGAUGAGCAAUGCCGAGGAAUGCUGCCAGCGCUCAGGGGUGCAGAUGCCCAACCCACCUCCCAGUGGUUACAAUGCAUGGGACACCUUGCCCUCCCCCCGGACGCCACGCAACACCCGCUCCUCCUCCACCUCCCCGGACCAGAUCAGCCUCAUGCCUACAGAUUUGGAGUCUGCUCUGUGUGGUAUCUGCUUGUCUUCCAUUAACGUCUUUGAGGAACCUGUCGACAUGUCCUGUGGACACGAGUUCUGCAGAGCAUGCUGGGAAGGGUUUCUAAAUCUAAAGAUCCAAGAGGGUGAAGCCCACAACAUAUUCUGCCCUGCCUUCGACUGCUACCAGCUAGUGCCUGUGGAAGUCAUUGAAAGUGUGGUUUCCAGAGAGAUGGACAAGCGCUACCUCCAGUUUGACAUCAAGGCGUUUGUGGAGAACAAUUCGGCAAUCCGCUGGUGUCCCGAGGCAGGGUGUGAAAGGGCGGUGAGACUGAACAACCAGGGCCCCGGGACCUCCAACUCAGACUCUCUUAGCUUUCCCCUCCUGAGGGCCCCGGCUGUGGAUUGUGGGAAAGGCCAUCUCUUCUGCUGGGAGUGCCAAGGUGAGGCCCAUGAGCCCUGUGACUGUGAGACAUGGAAGCUGUGGCUGCACAAAGUCGGUGAGAUGAGACCGGAGGAAUUGGCGGGUGUGACCGAAGCCUACGAAGAUGCAGCCAACUGUUUGUGGUUGCUCUCUAACUCAAAAGCCUGCGCCAACUGCAAGUCCCCGAUACAGAAAAAUGAGGGCUGCAACCACAUGCAGUGUGCCAAGUGUAAGUAUGACUUCUGCUGGAUCUGUCUGGAGGAGUGGAAAAAGCACAGCUCCUCAACAGGAGGAUACUACCGCUGCACCCGCUACGAAGUCAUCCACCAGGUGGAGGAGCAGUCAAAGGAGAUGACUGAAGAGGCAGAGAAGAAGCACAAGAGCUUUCAGGAACUGGACCGAUUUAUGCACUACUACACUCGCUUCAAGAACCACGAGCACAGCUAUCAGCUGGAGCAGCGCCUGUUGAAAACUGCCAAAGAGAAGAUGGAGCAGCUCAGUCGAGCCCUGAGUGGAAGGGAAGGAGGCCCCCCUGACACCACAUUCAUUGAAGACGCGGUCCUAGAACUACUGAAGACUCGCCGCAUCCUGAAGUGCUCUUAUCCUUACGGGUUCUUUCUGGAGCCCAAAAGCACAAAGAAGGAGAUUUACGAGCUUAUGCAGACGGAUUUGGAGAUGGUGACGGAGGACCUGGCCCAAAAGGUGAAUCGACCUUAUCUGCGGACCCCGCGCCACAAGAUCAUCCGUGCAGCGUGUCUGGUUCAGCAGAAGCGGCAGGAGUUCCUGGCCUCAGUAGCUCGGGGAGUGGCCCCCAAUGACUCCCCUGAGGCCCCCAGGCGCAGUUUUGCCGGCGGAACGUGGGACUGGGAAUAUUUAGGCUUUGCAUCGCCUGAGGAGUACGCGGAGUUCCAGUACAGACGGAGACACAGGCAGAGGAGGCGGGGCGACAUGUCGAGUCUCCGGAGCAGCACACCUGACCCUGACGACUCCAGUGACAGCAUCUUAGACGCACAGGAUGUGGGAGGUGGACGCAGACAUCAUCUGAUGGGUCUUGGUUCUUUGGACGACGAUGACCCUAACAUCCUCCUGGCUAUCCAGCUGUCGCUCCAGGACUCGGCGAUGGCAGAGAUCGGAGCCAACCAUGCUGCCCUCGCCAACGAAGCCUCGCUCGGUGCUAUCGGCACCUCCCUGCCCUCGAGGCUCGAGCAGAGUGCUGCAGGUGUGGAGCUGCUUUCCAGAGCUUCUCUGAGCAGCUCCGAACUGCUGGAGCUGGAAGAUAACUUGGCCAGACUCGGCAACAUCAGCAGCCAGUACUCUGCCACCAGCGGUGUCCCCGCCUCUGUGCAGCACAGCGACAGUCACCACCGAGCCUACGGGGCCUCUGUGCCCAUACCAGUGGCUCCAGGUGGCAGCAACUCCUCCACCGGCCUGUUCUCCUCCUCCAGCGACACGAUAGACUCCACCACGUACGGCAGCCACGACCCAUCCUCCUCCUCUGCAUUAGCCAAUGCGAACCUGCUGGGCAAUAUUAUGGCGUGGUUCCACGACAUGAAUCCUCAAGGCAUUACCCUGGUCCACUCCACCUCCUCCGACACUGACUCGAACCUCAGCGCACUCCAUGCAGGCGGAGGAGGGUGCCUGCUGGAGGAGAGAGGAUGCAUCCCGCCUGAGAAACCUCAGGAAGUGACGGCAGAGGUGGGUUUCUGCUCUCAGAAGGAGGAGAAGGACGGUGCCGCGGCUCAGAGGCCCACACAGCUCGAUCUAGUGGGGCUGGAGACCACGUCGCUUCCUUACAUGGCCACCCUUGACAAAAGCAGCGAGCAUACAUCACGGGGAACUUCAAGGGUGGACACGCCACAGUGCGACUCUGAGCACAUGCCCAGCAGCAGCUCCUCUGAGUGGGAGGACCAGGACCAGGUGCACCUGGUGUGAACGGAUCGGCAGAGAUGGGAACGUGCUCCUUCGGAAAGGCCCAAAACCACUAAAGAUGGCAAAUAUAGUAGAGUUGUGGAAUUUGUAGAGUAGGUGUUCAGGUGGAAUGUAUACAGAAUUAAGAAUGUAUUAGUUCACGGGAAAGUGGGGCAAGAUAUUUUCACACUCAGAAGGCUUGUUGUGCUUUCCGCAGAUUACCUGGUGUGAUAGCGGUUAGAUUGAGGGACGAGUGGGUCUCACCUUCGACACGUAACCAUCUACACCCCAUUCCAGUCGGUGAGGUUAUAUACCAGAGGUUCAACACCAUUGGUUUGUUUUAGUAUUUCUCAUAAAGAGGAAUUUACCUCCUUUCAAAGAAAUCAUUCAUUUGUUAUUUUCUACUUUUUGGCAAACUAGCCACAGAUGCAGAAGCCACCGACUGGACUGGAGAGUGGAUCUAAACUGAAGCAUGAACAAGCCUGUAGGUUGGUAUAGCAUCAUUUACUGUGUGGUCGGCCCCCCCAACAAGCAGCCCUUGUGAAAAGACAGCAUUAACUGAAGGACACAUUUGAUAACACUUUUCAAGGAUAUUUACUAAAUGAUUCCGAGCUGUUAGAAAUAUAAAUUACUGGCGUUUUCUGAAACCACUUAUAGAGGAGUCUUUCGCAUUGUGCAGGUAUGUUGUUAUUUUCUCGGCUGGAGUAAAGGCCUACCGUAUGCGUCUAAAUCAUGUCGGAGGGAGGGUUUCACCUUGGCAUACUGUACUGGCUGACUAGUAUUUUAUCCCAGCUCACUCUGUGGGGUAAAGCAGCAAGUCUUGCCCCUGUCGAAAAACCUGCCUAUUUUAGGUGCCAAACACUGACUAGCAAAAGCACCGUUUGCAGUCGCCAAGUGGAUUCUAAUAAACAAAUUGUGCCUGCUUAUUACAAUCUCAACAACUCAACCUAAAUGUGAAAGUCUGGAGCCAUAUUUGUAUUUGAGUGUGAUAUCUUUCCAAUAUCACCAUCUGAAAGCUGUAAUAGUGUGCCGUGUUAAUCUGUAGUUGAACACCAUUAUAGUUGUGUACUUUAUUAUGUGAAACAUUCACACACAACUGUUUAGAUCUGUUGGUAGACUGCUCAAAAACAUUUAGGAUUUGACAAUGGUUGUUCAUCCCAAAGCCUUAUCCCUCACACUCUCUCAAUGAGAAAUGUGUUCAGAAACAGCUGACAGGCCCCGAGGGGUCGUUCAGUUCAGUUUAUGCUGAAAUCCUUUGUAGCGCGCUCAUAUUCAUGUGUGAGCACUGCAGCGGAGAGUGCGGCGUGACACGUUAAGUAGACAGUGAGUAGUCUUGUUUAUAUACUGCAGGAAAAGCCCAGAGAGAUAAUCAGGCAAUCUCAUUCAGACUUUGGUGUAUUAAUUAAUCACACCCAAGUCACUGUAAUGAAUCUCUGGGUCCUGUUCAAGUGUGAUAUGAGCAAAGCCUUCAUAGGGGUAAUGCAUGGAGGGUUCCUGAAUGUGUACUGCAUCUGGAACACACAAGGAGUCCAUGUUCUGUACGCAGCGAGAGAUACAGUGCCUUUAUGUCAAUCAACAUUAUUUUCUUUCUUUUCGCACAUUUUCCGAGUGCUAAUUAUUACACAGUAUUUACAGUGCAAACAAACACCUGUUACCUUAAAGUCAUUUCUCUCACAUACGAGUGUGCAAACAUGAGAUCUGGAUUUUUUUCUCAUCAGCAUAUUUGUAGCAUGAGGCUUUUUUGUUGGUUCCAGUAGUUAAUGGAUAACUGAUUUUAUAUGAUCUGGUAUAAUGGGAAUGGUUUCGAAUAUUGUUCCCCAAUAUUUUGAAAACAGAUUUUGCGCUUGUAUUUGUGCAGCAGGGCUUCUGUCCCUAUCUUUUAAAACGGUUGGUUUUUCUGUGAUGUAGAAACUCAAACCACUGUCCUGACUCUGGGAGGAGUUGACCUACUAUCAUGGAUCGUACCUGAAGACACUAAAAUGGAGGAAUGUUGCAAUAUAAAGUAGGUAUUUAUUUGAAAUCAAUGUAAUCCAUGAAUGAAGAUGGAUUGUGAAUAACCAAUGACACAUGGGUCAGUGUUUUAUCUUUAAGAUUGAAUUAUGUUUUUGUGCAGACUAACGUCUGACCGAAGUAAAUCACCUGUUUUCCCCUAGCAGAUGGAUAGAGCCACUAAGUUAAAUGUAGAGACAGCGAUGACCAGUGUCUCGAAGUUGUGAAACUGUGAGUGCCAUAUAGUUAGUGAAGCUAACUCAGUUGGACUUGGUAAAUGGACGUGGGUUGAAACAGAGGAGUGACAUCUUGCACGUUGCCCUCUGUGUAACAGGAUGCUGUGCACAAGGUGGGUACAGGUCUAAAUGGAGUUUGUACUUCCUCUCACCACUAAUGUUCAGGUGAUUUAUUUUAAAACGGCAUAUAGCAUUUUGUAACUCACUGAGAUUUUCUAUUGUAAAGCAACUAAUCCUUGAAAUGCUAUUUGCACUUUCUUAGUCUACACUUGAUACAUUCCCUCUUUAUAUGAAAAUGUUUGAUGUGUGAUGCCAAUAAACUACGUGUUGAGUUUUAA